AUGUCCAAUCGAGCUGUAUCAUUUCGACCAAGGCAUAACGUUGCAGCAGCGGCGGUCAAUCAAUCAGCCGUUGCAGCUAAACCCAUGAUGCCCAAACAGAAGCCUACGGCCCAUCAGUUAAAGUCGCCGUCUUCCCACCGUCACUCUUCUUACAAGAAGAAGAAGACCAUGAAAGAUGACAAGAAGGAAGAAGAAGAGACGGACAAGAAAACUCACGCAGUCGUUCGGGUAAAUGUCAGUGUCAAGAAGCCAGCAACGAGUGGCUCAUUAUCUGCACCGCUGAAGAAAAAAUCACCAUCGGCACCAAACACGCCUCAUCCGAAGCGACCGAUCAUAACGGCCAAAGCUCGUCGAGCUGAGCGUCGAAGGGAAAUUGGUUCUGUGACGGAUGCGCUUCAAAAAGCGCAGAUGGACCAUGAACUUAGCACUAGCCCGCCUUCCUUUACGUCUAUUAGCUCUACUGAUUCUGAUGAUUCCGACACCACUUACAAGAAGAAGAUGGUCACCAAGUCUCCUCGAUUUCAAGUUCCUAAUCAUAAUCAAAAACAGUCGCACCAAUCCAUCCCUCCAGCUGCCGCUUUUCCCCCGCUACAUCAACCUCGAAAAAGGCAAGAGAAUGUCCGCCAGCGUCGUCGCUCCAGCAGUGUGGUGGAUUUGCGCAGCCAGGUUUAUGCUGGUCCAACUUUUAACAAUGCCCCGGCUCCUAGCGCAUUGCCCAUGCCUGCCUUUAUCGAAGAAGAUGGUUCUGCCACUGCUUUGGUGCUCUCCGAAACUCACCGACCACACACUGUUUCCAUGAAUCUUCAUAUGCGUCAUCAUCUCCUUCAUGAUCAUGAUGAGAUAUUCCUAUUUGAAAACCAUCAUCAUCAUCAUCAUCCUCACCAUUACCCUCGCCGCACUCACCAUCAUCAUCCCCUUGCACUCGAGCAACAAUCCAAGGAUCUCCUCAGUCUUCUGGCUCCCACCACUCAUGCUUCUACCGGCCGCUCGUCAAAGUAUCCCAUUGAACCUGAUCAUGCUCUCUCAGAAAUUCAACGGGGAUUGCGGUCGAUGCUGAAGAUUGAAGCGGCUUCGUAG